AUGUCAGCACCUGAGAGGCCGACGUCAUCGUCGGCUACUGUGGAUCCGCUGCUGAAGGAUCUCACAGAGAAGAAGCAGAACUUCCGGCGGAACGUGGUGUCGCUGGCGGCGGAGCUCAAGGAGGAAGCGGAAAACAAAGUAAGGAGUAUGGAGAAAGAAAUUAGUAGAUUGGAGAAGAAUCUAGAGGAAAGAAAUGUGCAGCUGGAGGCUUCAACUUCUGCUACUGAGAUAUCUGUAAAGGAAUUGGAUAAUCUGAGGGUCCAACUCUCAAAUACUCGAGCCACUGCAGAUGCAUCUUCACAGUCCGCUAAAUCUGCACAGUUGCAAUGUUCGGCACUGGCAAGAGAAUUAGAAGAGAAAAAUUGCUCGCUUAAAGAGCAUGAGGCUCGUGUGAAUAAACUAGGAGAGCAGCUGAACCUCCUACAGAAGGACCUUAGGGCCCGUGAAUUUUCCCAAAUGCAGCUGAAAGACGAAGUCUCGAGAAUAGAGCACGAUAUCAUGCAGUCACUUGCCAAGGCUGGGAUAAACAAAGAUUGUGAGCUCAGAAAGAUUUUAGACGAGGUAUCACCAAAGAAUUUCGAAAAAAUGAAUCAGCUUUUGACUGUGAAGGAUGAAGAAAUAGCUAAACUGAGGGAUGAGAUUAGGAUAAUGUCUGCCCACUGGAAGCUCAAGACUGAAGAGCUGGAAUCUCAGCUGGAGAAGCACCGUAGGGUGGAUCAAGAGCUGAAGAAGAAAGUCUUAAAGCUGGAGUUUUGUCUGCAAGAAGCACGGGCUCAGACUCGUAAACUCCAAAGAAUGGGAGAGCGUAGGGACAAAGCUCUGAAAGAACUAAGAGAUCAAUUGGUUGCCAAACAGCAAGCUGAGCCUCACGUGGGCCCAAAAAACUGUGAUAAGCAGAAUUUUUGGGAUACAUCAGGUUUCAAGGUCGUAGUUUCAGUAUCAAUGCUGAUCUUAGUAAUGUUCUCCAAGAGGUAAUGAUAUUUAGAUUAUUUGAUGCAACUGUUGUAUAUUAGGAAAAUAAUGGGUGGUAGGCUAAGGAAGUAGAUUAGUGGGGGCAGAUUUGGUAUAAUCUGUAUCAUUCGUAGUAUUUCAUAUUUUGUAAUUAGGGUGGUUUACUAUUUUUUUUUGUAGAUUUUAGCCAGUGCAUUGUAUGGUUAUAUAAACUGUAAGUCUUUCGUGGACAGAUUAAGCUUAUAUUUUCAGUUAACUGUCUUGUGCUAUUUGAACUUGUACUCUUACUUGAUGACCUUCAAUUUUGAGGUAAUGUAGCUAGUCUCGAGUUGUCCUGUCUUAGGUUCAUGUUUCCCAACUUGACCAUCCAAAUGGUUAUUAGGGAGAUCAAUGGGACCUUUUUAUUACAUUUUUGAAGAUAGCAGCACUUCAAUGUCAUAUUCAAUUAUUUGUAUUUGUAAGGUGUUUUCCAAUUAUAGCAAGCAACUUAAUCUCAUGUAUCAACUGAAGAUCUUCAAGAUAAUAUAAAGGUUAUUGAUUUUUG